ACCCCCCCCCCCCCCCCAGAGUGAUAAAGUGUUCCACGGCGGAUAAUACUUCACUACGAUCGGACAUUGUAUCAUCAUCAUCAGCAGCAUAAUCAGCAGCAGCGGCUGCAACCGACAUGCCGAGACGAAAAUCAUCAGCAAAGGAUGACGACGACGACGACGAUGAAGAUGAUGAUGCUUUGGAAGAAGAAGAUGAUGAUGAUGAUGUUGGUGAUGGCGAGGAGGACGACGACGUUGAUGGUGACGAUGACGAUUCGAUCAUCCGCCGGGGCGUGAAGCGAGCCCGGCGAGACGACGGGCGAGCGAGCGGCAGCGGCGGCGUCAUCAUCGUCACCUCGUCGUCAUCGUCACCGACACCACAGCCACCAUCAUCAUCAUCACCACCACCCGCACCACCAUCGUCGUCCUCAUCAUCAUCCCCAUCGACAUCAUCAUCAUCAGCAGCAGCGGCAGUGGCGGCAGCGGAGCGGACGGCAGCCAACGUCGUCGUCGGCAGCAGCAGCAGCAGUCUCGAAGGUGCAAAGUUCAGGGGGCAGCUGCUGAUAUGCGGAGCCACCAACUGGGAUCUGGUUGGGCGGCGGGAAGUGCCUAAGCAACAAGCUGCAUUCCGGAAUUUGGGCCAGAACCUGUGGGCCCCUCACCGCUACGGAAGUCUCCGUGACAUUGCUGUGAGCCGUGUCAUCACGGGCCCGUGUGCAGCUCACAGCCUCCUCAUCUCCACACGAGGGCUCGUGUACAGUUGGGGGCGGGGAGAGAAAGGGCAGCUGGGUCACGGAGACACAUGCCGUGUGGACGUCCCUCGAAUCAUCGACACGCUCAAGGAGUGCGUGAUCGUGGACGGGGCUUGUGGGAGGAGUCACACGCUGUGUCUCACAGACACGGGGACCGUGUAUGCGUUUGGAGAAAACCGUCUUGGGCAGCUGGGUCUGGGAAACCAAACGGAUGCCGUGCCAAGCCCAACGCAGAUAGUCUACAGCGGGAGGCAGGUUGUGAAGGUGGCUUGCGGUGCGGAGUUUAGCGUCUUCAUCGACUGCGACGGGAAUCUCUUCUCCUUCGGCUGCCCAGAGUACGGACAGCUCGGCCACAACACAGAUGGGCGCUACAUCGUGCGGGCGCAGAGGAUAGAGUUUGUGUGCGAGCUCGCUCCGCGUCGACUGGCGAGAUUCAUCGAGAAAACGCGCGAUGGGCAGGUGCUCACUGUGCGGGGCGUGGUGAUACGAGACGUGGCAUGUGGGGCCAACCAUACGAUCGCGCUGGACACGCGGGGCCGCGUGUUCACGUGGGGUUUCGGAGGCUACGGCCGCCUGGGCCACGCCGAGCAGAAGGACGAGCUGCUCCCGCGCCUCGUCAAACUGCUCGACCGGCCGGCGCCCGCAGUCAACUCGGUGCGCGCCGGCUACUCCUGCACCUUCGCCAUCAACGUCGUGGGAACGCUUUACUUCUGGGGCUCCACCAACACGUCGCGUGACCCGACCAUGUACCCCAAGGCCGUCCACGACCUGUGUGGCACCCACGUGCGCAGCCUCGCAUGCGGUAAAAGCAGCAUCCUCAUCACAUCAGAUGACAGCACCAUGAGCUGGGGCCCAUGGCCAACGUACGGAGAAUUGGGCUACGGCGAGGGAAAGCAACGCUCCUCCUCCGUGCCCCAGGAGCUCAAGAAGCUGAGUGGCAUCCACAUUCACGAGGUGGCGAUGGGAUUUGCACACUCCCUGCUCUUGGCGCGGGACGAAUCGGAGGAAGACAAAGCUCUCGUCCAUCAGAUCCCAGAGUACUGCCCCCGUGCCCUGUGAUUAAGUCUGCCACUAGCACGCCGGUGUUACUGUCGGGGAAAAGAUGUCCCGACUGUUGAGGUGGCCGGGUGGCUCAGCGGUGCAGAGCGCUGAGCUGGAACCGCUGACAAUCCUCUGGGUACAGAAUCCAGGUGACAGCCGCCUGUGAUUUAGCCGGGUUCUCAGGUGCGGUGAGUUUGGUGAUCUCAGUCCCGGUCACCGAGUGCACACACGCACACAAAAAAACAUCGCCAUGAAAAUGAGCUUUGACACUCCAUUUAGCUUACUUACAGCUCUUAGAAUGAAAAUAUCGGUUUGGCUCUCUAGUGACAAACAUUGGCCUCACAGGGCAGAGUGGGUGGGAAAUUGCUGUCCCAUCUACUGUGUGGACCAGAGGCCACUGAAGGGAUCUCGGAGGAAGCUCGGUGAUAUCUGCUUCCGUGGGCUGUUUUUAAACACGAAUGGACGCACUGCUCUGCGUCUCAUUGACGCGACGCGGAUAGCGCAACCGGGGAUAAAAUCGGGGAAGAUUUUCCCCUAAAAAGAAAGUGAUCUCACUGCUUGCCGCUUCGAGGUCAAGAAGCUGUCAUAGGCAGUGGCCCACCUAUGCCAUCACACAGAACUGUCACUUUCUUUUCACAGUUCCCACAGCUGCGGCACAGGUGAUAUACCAUCUGGAAGGUCUGCUUCUCUAGUACCACCACCCGGCUUUAUGUCUCCCACCCGUCACAACGUCGAUGUGUCCUUCGAGGGCCGCUGUUACAGUCUCGUGUACAGCCCAUUUGUCGCUCCACUGCUGAACCGAGGCCUCCCUGCAUUUGCACUUCUUUCUGUUGGCCAUAGUGUAGCCCCUCCCCCCCCCCCCCCCCCGAGGACAUUUACGCCGGUCGGUGAGGCGCUGUGUCUGUCUUUCGGCUUUGAUGAGCGUUGGGAUAAAGCAGGUGGGGGGGGGGGGGAGUCAAAUUUCGUCAGGGCCUAAGUGGGCUUUCACGCGAUGUUGAUUCUUUCAUGGCCCGGUAUAAGUGAUGCAACAAAAUAUAUUCGUCAAUGGAGCGACAGUGAUUUUUUUUUUACGAUUGUAGUCGACGAUGACCGCCGAUGAGCAGACGAGAAUCAUCGUGCGUGACGACGGCAGCGAGGCCAAAGCACGACCGAGCGUCGUGACGAGACUGAAUGAACGCGUAAGCGGGCCGAGAUGGUUGAGUAGCGUCGCCCUAGAUGAGAGACUCCGUUCACUGAGAAGACCAAACUCUCUAUGACCGUACGGUAUAGACGAACAUUCACCGAGUUAAUCGAUUGGCUGAACUGAUGAUUUUAAUGGGAGGGCUGGAAUUGCUCGCCCCUUACCCCCAUAUUGAAGAACUAAGAGUGUUUGACUGAAUGUUUUAUGAGUUGACUAGACCCAAAGAAUGACAGGAAACUCACAAUCUUAAGACUUUCUCUAAAACUCCAAAAGGCUACCUUUGACUAGUCCAAAACUAUGACCAAAAUGACAUGUUAAAAAAAGUUAACACUGUUAGCACAGUGGAUUGACAAAAGCGGCUGUACAUUCACAAUAAACAAAUAUGUAAACAAACAAAAAUAUCUAAUUUGUGCUGUGCUUUAAUGACCAGGACACAUGGGGUUAUAUUAUGUAUUGGUCAACAAAUCACAUAGGGUUAUUUAACUCUUAUCAAAUGUUUAAACGGACUUAUAUUAACGUGAAUGCGUACAUGAAUUGUCUUUUGAAAUGAAUCUCGGACUUGUUCAAUCUUUGGACAUUCAUCAAUGGUGUUUUCGUCUCAAUUCAUUCAGGGUUCUUGAUCGAAUUUUGUACGCAACGUGUAUGAGGUGUCCCCCACAGGAAGAAUACAAAUGAAUAUUAAUGAUGAUAGCUAAAAACGUUAACUUAAACGAUAAACAAUGAAGACGUUUUAAUGCCAGUGUUGAAAUAAAUUAAACAACCCUGUUUCUUGACUUUUGGGCCAACCCUGUACAUCAAUUGCUGACGCAAAUUAAAGAGG